AUGGAUGAUAAGAUAGCUAAAUGUGAUGAUGUCUUGAAGGGUGAGAUCGGUUUCGCCACUCUUCCCGAACACGUUCACCGAAAGUCCGCCAAAAAGGGCUUUGACUUCACGAUUAUGGUGGUCGGUGAGUCAGGUCUGGGCAAAUCAACUCUAGUGAACUGUCUCUUUUUGGCCGAUCUCUAUAAACAACGCAAACAAUUCAGUGUUGAGAAGCUGUUGGAGAGGACUGUAGUUAUCGAUAAGAAACAGCUGGACAUCAUCGAGAAGGGCAUCAAACUGAGGGUCACUAUUGUGGACACUCCUGGAUAUGGAGACUCACUGGAUCUGAACGACAGCUUCCAAGCCGUCGAGAACUAUAUCGACCAACAGUUCGACCAAUACUUUAAGGACGAGUCCGGACUCAACCGCAAGAAUAUUGCCGACAAUAGAGUCCAUUGCUGUCUCUAUUUUAUCUCUCCAUUCGGAAGGGGUUUAUCUCAACUCGACAUUCAGUUUAUGAAACGAUUGCAUAAAAAGAUAAAUAUAGUGCCCAUCGUUGCGAAGGCAGACUCUCUCACACCUAAUGAAAUGCAUGCCAUCAAGAAGAAGAUCUUAAGAGAGUUUGAUGAGCACGGGAUCAGUAUUUUCCGAAUUCCCGAAUGCGAUAGCGAUGAAGACGAUCAGUUCAGACGCAAAGACCAGGAAAUUAAGGAAAGCAUUCCAUUCGCUAUUAUCGGAAGCACUCAAACCAUUGAACACCAGGGCAGAAAAAUCAGAGGACGAGAAUAUCAAUGGGGUGUUGUCGACAUUCAGGACGAAAAGUACAGCGAUUUCAUUAAAUUGAGAACAUUUUUGAGUCUUCAUAUGCAAGACCUAAAGGACGUGACCAGUGAUGUACUCUAUGAAAACUAUAGGGCCCAACAUUUGGCUAAAUUGAGUCAACAACAGGAUUGCAAUAGUGCUGGGUGGGUUUAUGUUGUGUAUGUGUGCGGGUCUAAGUCGCAAUCAUACCAACACUGGACGCAAUACAAGACAUCCCAAUCAUUUGCAUCCCUCACCCAUAUUCAUGAAUACAUCUAA